CGAUUCCUCAAGAUGCAAAGACGUGCGACACUUUCGUCUAAAAAUAUUUACCAAAAAAUCGACGUUAGGGACUAUAAAUAGUUUUAAAGAGAAUAAAGACUGUCCUUGAGGUCUUAAGCUAACUUAACUCAAAUAUGACGUAUGACUAACUUAACCUAAAAUGUUUUGUUAGUGGUGUUUUUGUGAUGUUCCUCUGUGUAGGUGAUGGCAAAGAAGGACGAUGAAGUUGUUAAAGAAGGAUUUAUGAUCAAACGAUCGCAAAAUAAGAAAAUUUAUACGCCUAUCAAUUAUAAACAAAGAUGGUUCGUACUUAAUUCCAAGUUUCUUAUAUACUACGACACCGACAAUGAAGAUAAACGGAAGGAAAAGGGGCGAGUGGAACUGGAUAACGUCCACUCGAUCGAGGCCUCCUUUACAACGGUCAAUUACAUUGAAGACAAUCGACCCCUAACCGAUAGCUCCUUUCAAAUCGGUUAUCAGGAAUCCGGACAGGAUUACGUCCUUUAUCUCCAAGUGAGUUCCGCGAAGGAACGUUCCGAGUGGCUCUUGGCGAUCCGCACGCUAUGUAAAUAUAAUAAAAAUUUACGUCUGAAAUACCAUUUCGGUAUCUGGAACGGAAAAAGGUGGAGUUGCUGCAAGAGUACGACGCGUAAUUCGACGGGGUGCGAGAAUUGCAGCAGUUGGCCAAUUAGUUUCGAAGCCAAAGAGAGUGCGAAGGAAAGCAAAGGUACUUCACCUCAAUCUAACCACAUAAUGCCAGGUGGCGCAACUCCUGGGACACCUUCGGCAAAACAGAAAGAAAAAGCGGCGGCCAGACCUAAAAUUGUUAUAGCGCUUUAUAAUUACAAAGCGAUCGAAACUGGUGAUUUGUCCUUGGAAAAGAAUGCCGAGUAUGAAGUGAUCGACGAUAAUCAGGAGCACUGGUGGAAAGUGCAAGACAGUCAUGGGAACAUUGGUUUUAUACCUAGUAAUUACGUCAAGGAGAAGGAGCUGAUUGGUUUACAGCAGUAUGAAUGGUACGUCAAUGAUAUGUCUCGACAACGCUCCGAGUCGUUACUAAAGCAGGAGGACAAAGAGGGUUGCUUUGUAGUGAGAAACUCCUCAACUAAAGGCCUCUAUACGCUGUCCUUAUAUACGAAAGUCCCACAUCCGCACGUAAAGCAUUAUCACAUAAAGCAAAACGCGAAAGGCGAGUAUUACCUGUCGGAGAAGCACUGCUGCACGACGAUAGCCGACUUGAUCAACUACCAUCGUCACAACAGCGGAGGGCUCGCGUCUCGUCUCAAAACGAGUCCUUGCGAUCGUUCCGUGCCGGCUACGGCGGGCCUUAGCCACGAUAAAUGGGAGAUCGAUCCGCAGGAGCUGAUGCUUUUGGAAGAGUUGGGUUCUGGUCAGUUUGGGGUGGUGCGUCGAGGGAAAUGGAGGGGGUCGAUAGACGUCGCCGUUAAAAUGAUGAAGGAGGGGACGAUGUCGGAGGACGAUUUUAUCGAGGAGGCGAAAGUAAUGACGAAACUUCAACAUACCAACCUUGUACAAUUGUAUGGGGUGUGUAGCAAAAAUAGACCAAUUUUUAUAGUGACGGAGUAUAUGCGACACGGAUCAUUGUUAAACUAUUUAAGGAGACACGAACAGUCACUCACAAGCAAUCAAGGACUAUUGUUGGAUAUGUGUAUACAGAUUUGCAAAGGAAUGGCAUAUUUAGAAAGGCACAAUUAUAUACACAGAGAUCUGGCAGCGAGAAAUUGCUUGGUCGGUUCGGAAAAUAUUGUUAAGGUAGCCGAUUUCGGUCUGGCGCGAUACGUUUUAGAUGACCAAUAUACUUCUUCGGGUGGUAGCAAAUUUCCUAUUAAAUGGGCUCCACCGGAAGUGCUCAAUUACACACGGUUUUCCUCCAAGUCGGACGUCUGGGCUUACGGUGUACUUAUGUGGGAGGUUUUUACUUGUGGUAAAAUGCCGUAUGGACGAUUGAAGAAUACCGAAGUUGUCGAAAAGGUUCAAAAAGGGCUAAUAUUAGAAAAACCAAAAAUGUGUUAUAAGGAAGUUUAUGACGUAAUGCGAAAGUGUUGGAGUCAACUUCCGGAAACUAGGCCAUCGUUUCGCGUGUUAAAAGAGCAAUUGGUUACCGUUGCUCAACGAUUACUAGUAGACUGACUGACCCAGCUGGUGUGCGAAGCAACAACUUGCGCUUCCUCAUCGACAUCGAGCUGCGACUUGUGCUCGAAUUAUGAACAAACACUGGUCGACAUUUGUCAAACACUUACUAGAAAGGGCAAACGUAAA